CGGGAAGUUCUUCCUGGGGUUUUAUCUCAGAGCCUCUCCCUUACAAUUUCUGUCUCUCUUUUUGGGGAGGAGGAGGGGCGAUGAUAGAGAUAGUUAAUGUCUGCCGUAUAAGAAACAUGAUUAAAGUUACUGUUCGGUCCUUUCUGUUCUUGAUAAACAAUUCCAGCUUCUUUCUCUCGAAUGCCGUUUCCCAUUCCUUAAAGUCUUUUUAGUGGCUCUUCAAUUCAACAAAUAUUGACUGAGUGCUUACUAAGUACCAGGCCCUUGCUCAGCGCUGUGGGGGAUGCACAGAUGAGGGGGAGGGGUGCCCUCCCUCCAGGAGACUGUGGUCUAGACAGGGGCUACAAAGCUGCUUGUGAGCUCCACGGGAACUGAACGCGUGGUCGCCUACUUAAUGAUAAGGAAACAGAGAGAUUAAACAACCUGCUCAAGGUCACCCAGGUAGAUGGGGAGUUUGAACAGUUCUGCACCAAGAUAGGCCUCUUCCACCUCUGAGCGCUAGACCUGUGGGCCCAGCUGGUUCUGCUUCUAACUGUAGAGGACAAGUUUGCCAUCUUCUCUGAACUACCAAGCCCCUCAAGCACACCAGGACCCAGGGUGUCCCACCCUUCUGAAGUAGCUGCUUCAGACCAGCCUAGGAAGCACCCAGCUGUUGUGGCCCACAAUGGAGGAUGCAGGUGGUCAGCGCCAGCAGGAGCGACCCAGCCUUCGUCUGGAAAAGCUGCAGCACUGGGCAAGACAUAGGCACAGUGGGCACCUCUUGGUGCUGGCGGUCAGCCAGCUAUGGCUGGCCAUAGCUGUGGUGCCCUUGGCUGUCUCAGUCGCCUGCCUGAACUCUGCUUGUCACAUGACCACAGCACUGCCACUCGGGCCUGGAGUCUCAGGUCUUCUCACUGGGGCUGUCACCCUUGAGCUUCGAAGAGCACCCCGCCUCUGGAAGGUGCGCACCAUGAUGAUAUUCAACACUUUCAACCUCAUCUUGGGCUUCAUUGUGGUGGUGGUCGAGGUGUUGAAGACAGCCUUGGGGCCUGCCCCACCUGCCCCCUCCCAGCUGGCUGGCUUGCUCGUGGUGGAGCUCAGCGCUGAGGCAUUCACCCUAGGGGGAGUGCUGGCCUCGGCAUAUGCCCUCUUCCUGCUGAGCCAGAGGAAGCCAGGCUGCUGCAGGAGCCGGAGUCUGCGCUACGAGGAGCUGCACGAGGGCCUCUCCGAGUUGGAGGACGUUCCUAGUUUGGACAACGGUUCCACAGGGCCCAGCGCAGGAACCAGAACAAGCGAGUGAGCCGGACAAGCGGAAGCAGACAGGUGUGUCUCCCCAACCCGAGGAGGCUCUCCAGACGCUCCAGUGUCCCACCCCAGCAAAUUCAGAAGCUAGCCGGCCUCCCUCGACACUGGCAUGAAGUCCCGGGCGGUGCCUUCGACUCUCACUCAAAGCAAGCCUCCCCUUUUCCCCCUGCCUCGCUAGAAGACACACCUGGACCACAGCCCUCCCUGGUCUCGCCACCCUGAAAGCUGCGUCCAGCCUUCCCCUCUGCCCGCCCAUACACCUUCACAACUGCCUCAUCUCGCUGUGCUCUUCUGUCCAGCUCUCACAGUCCCCUGCACUCCAAGCACCAGUUCUCGCACACGCCAACUCUUGAAUCCAAUUCAGGGAGCUGCCUUCCAGCCUUCCAUCCAGUUGCUGUCUACUCGCUGGAGA